GCUUUUUCCCUUUUUUAGACAAGUUUUCAUUCAAAGAAGAUUAUAAAGAUAAAUCAACGCUUUACAACAAGAACGUUAUAAAUCAAGAUGAUAAACAUCGUGCCGUUAAUAAUCAUGAUGUUGCACUAUUAAAUGAUUAUAACGCAUACAAUUCAUCCCUUUAUCAAAAUGUACAAGAUAUCAAUCAUUUUGUCAACACUCAUGGAAGUCAUUACUCGGAAUUUCAGAUGGAUAUCGUUUCUCAAGGAUCUUCUUACUACUAUCCCAUAGAACUUUUUUGGUAUUUAUUGUUAACUAAUGCUUAUAUUAGAGUAAAAAUUCUUGUCAAUUCUGUUAAGUGA